AUGAAUCAUGACUUUCCCACUUCAAAAGCAACAAUCGGAAUGGCAACACUCUCGCAACCACAAAGUGUACUACCCAAAACAAAGAUAGCGACUACUUUUGGCUUGUCCAAGGAUUUAAUAUCACCGAUAUCAGUUAAAGUUUGUUAUUUAGAAUGCACCAGAAAGAAUAUCUCUCUAGUCCCAUUAUCAACAAAAUUUGAAGAUCCAAAAGUAUUCAAAAAGCUAUCUCAGAUAUAUAAGAAUUCAGAUUUAUUCGUUGAAAUUAGAGUUUUCGAUGGAAAGAAUAACAAUUUGAUCAGCACCCCAGUGCGAACAUCCUACAAGGCAUUUAACAACAAAGGAAGAACCUGGAAUCAACUCUUGAAAUUGAACAUAGAUUAUAAUCAAAUAUCAAUUGACGCAUAUUUAAAAUUCUCCAUUUGUGAAAUUAUUGAUACCAAACCAUCAGUAUUUGGAGUUUCAUAUUUGUCACUUUUCAACCAUGAUUUAUCCACACUACGAAGUGGAUCCCAUAAGAUUCCCGUGUUUAUGGAAGACGAGCCAAGUUAUAGUAAAGAUAUUCAGUAUGGAAACCUAACUGGGUUGACCGACUUGGAGAAAAGAUUAAUUGAUUAUGAAAAUGGUAAAUAUCCUAGGUUAAAUUGGCUAGAUAAAAUGGUUCUUCCUAAAGUUGAUGCUACUUUUUUGAAAACAAAUAACAAAGAUCACGAUUAUUAUUUGUAUAUUGAAUUGCCUCAAUUUGAAUUUCCAAUUGUGUAUUCGGAUAUUAUUUACCAAAUCCCAAGAAUUGAACCUGUAAUUGAUAUAUCCAAGGUUGCACCAGAUGAGACGUUGAACAGCAACAUUAUAAUCAAUUCGAUAGAUAUCCCAAUGGCCACAUCACACGAUCCAAGCAUAAUGAAAGUGUACGAUCCAGAUUUUCAUAUAACUGCAAACAAUCAUUUAAAUCCAAAUGCCAAUACCUUUGAUCCAGUGGAAUUAAAAUACCGUAAGUUAGAAAGAAACAUUGACAAUAACACGAUCCUAGACAAGGAAUUGAAGCCAACACCGCAAUUAAGGGAUGAAUUACUAAGAAUUAUGAUCAAACCUUCAAAUUCGGAGCUAACAGAUAAUGAGAAAAAUUUAAUUUGGAAAUUCCGUUAUUAUUUUAGUAAAAACAAUUCUGUGAAUGAUCCAAGUAACAAAUCCGUAAAGUCAUUCUUACCAAAGUUUUUAAGAUCGAUCAACUGGGAAAAUGAUUAUGAGCUAGAUCACACUUUCAAGGAAAUAAUUCCAUUUUACUGGAGCGUUGAUAAGUUGCAAAUUGGGGAUGCUUUGGAAUUGUUGGGUGAUUACUUUAAUCCGUACACCUUGGGGAAACCCACAUACCAAGAUGAUUCUAUAACUUCUAAAAGUUCAAAAAUGAAAAGCGAUGAAAAACGAUUUAUAAAGAUUUACAAGAAUGUUUGCUUUUUGAGAAAAUUGGCAGUUGAGCGAUUAAAAUUAGCCAACAGUGAUGAGCUUUUAUUGUAUUUGCUUCAACUAGUUCAAGCGUUGAAAUACGAGGCAUUGAUAUAUGAAAAAAGUUCACCAUUCUCUGAAAGGUCCGAUCAUGAUGAAGAUACGUCUGCAUUAAAGUCACCAUUAGCAGAUUUCUUGAUUGAAAGAGCAGUGGAAAAUGAGAACUUGGGGAAUUUCUUUUACUGGUACGUUAAAGUUGAGAAUGAGGACCAACUCAAUAAUCCCCAUGCAGAUGGCCCGAUAAAAAUUUACAUGGAUAUUCUUAAUCGCUACAUAGAAUUGCUUAAGGCACAUUGUCAUGAAAAUAAACUUCCUUACUAUAAGCAUUUGAAGCAUCAAAUAUGGUUUAUCAAGAAAUUAACUUCGUUGGUAGAGUUAUUACGUGCUUCUUUCAAGAAAAAUGAGGCAACAGCAAAGAAAGUUGAAUAUUUGCGGGAGUAUCUAGCAAAUUCUGGAAAUGAAUUGUUAAAGUUCCCUGAACCAUUUCCGUUGCCACUUGAGCCAUCAGUUAUGAUAUGUGGAUGCUACCCCGAGGAAUCAUCGGUUUUCAAAUCUUCGUUGGCACCGUUGAAAAUCACCCUAAAAACCAUAGAAAAUAAGAAACAUGGACACACCACUUCGCAGUUAUUUGGAAAACGAUCAAGAUAUGGGAAAUAUCCGUUGAUGUUUAAAAUAGGUGACGAUUUAAGGCAGGAUCAAUUGGUAAUUCAAAUUAUAGAUUUAAUGGACCAACUUUUGAAGAAUGAAAAUCUUGACUUGAAGCUUACACCGUAUAAAAUAUUGGCUACCAGCCCAAUUGCCGGGUUGAUUCAGUUUGUUCCCAACGAAACUUUGGACUCUAUUCUAUCCAAGACCUAUCCAGCAUCGGUUACACAUUCCGGUGGUCGUAGUGGUGAAACUGAUGUGCCACCAUCAGUAUCAAACAAUGGCAUUUUAAACUAUCUUCGUCUUCAUAGUCAAGAGCAACAAUCAGAAGAGCCCAUAUCCAAGAGCAUUCUAAGUACUAGUAAUAGUCAGUCCAAUACUGAAGUUCCAGUUUUACCUCGUCAGCCUAGACCAACAAUAACUUCAGAUUUGGGUGUAUCGCCGAUCCUUAUGGACAAUUAUGUCAAGUCAUGUGCUGGCUAUUGUGUAAUAACCUAUAUCUUGGGGGUUGGAGAUCGACACUUGGACAAUUUGUUGCUUUCACCCAAUGGGAAGUUUUGGCAUGCAGAUUUUGGCUACAUACUUGGCCGCGACCCCAAGCCUUUCCCUCCAUUAAUGAAAUUGCCUAUUCAAGUGAUUGAUGGGAUGGGAGGUUUGCACCACGAGAAUUAUAAUGUUUUUAAAAGUUAUUGUUUUAUCACUUAUACGACAUUGCGUAAGAACAGCAACUUGAUUUUGAAUUUGUUCCAAUUGAUGUUGGAUGCCAAUAUUCCUGAUAUCCAAUUUGAUCCACUGAGAGUGAUAGAAAAAGUGCAAGAAAAGUUUUGUUUACAAAUGACUGAAGAAGAAGCGAUCUUACAUUUCCAAAACUUGAUUAAUGAUAGUGUAAACGCGUUUCUACCAGUUGUUAUAGAUAGAUUACAUAGUUUAGCGCAGUACUGGAGGGCUUAA